GAUCGUGUUCAACAUGUGCGUAUCAUUCCACUCGGUGCAAUUACAACUUUGAAGCAUCUAGCAACAGUGUGACUGCAUCGACUCGGAGUUACUAGAACGCAGAUGGCCUAAUCUCAGAUCUGCAACACAUUCAAGUGGGUGUUCUGUUGGUUUUUUCAAAUGAGUGACCCACUGCUACACAUUGGGUUACCUCCGAAUCCACAGUUGCAAGAUGUUACACGGUGUAAAGACACGGAGCUGCUAGAUCUGGAAACCGUUACAAGAUCGUGGGCAGAAACUAUCCUGACUGCCUGCCGUAAUAACCUUCCGGUACUGUUCGCUCGAUUGAGUUCAAAAUUUGCGUCUUUCUUCGAGUACAUUUGUACGGGUGAACGUACUGCACUGCACUACGGAAGAAAGGACAGAACAGAUAGUGAUCCCGACUCAUGCGGUCAGAAUGUAGGUAAGGUGACUACAGUGCUUGCAGUACUUCAAGUGCUCCGAAUAAUUCGAACAUCGCCCUCAAGGGUUCUUUUCGAACAGGAGCUCACAUUUUCCAGACCCCAAGAUCUUAAUCAGGACAGAAGUUGGAAACUUAGUAUGGCUACACACUGGCAACGGUGUAGGCGUACUUGCGUCAAUGAUUCGAUCUACAGAUACCGCACAUAUGCGUUCAUCGAAAUCUUACAUAGUGUUAUCUUGAUCCGGAGAUUUCAGGAACCUGACCAAGUCUUUGAAUAUGUCUGAGUUUAUCUUUGCCUUGUCGUCUUAAAGAUGUAGUUCCGAAGCAAACGAAUCUCACAUC